GCUGCGCCACACCUGGCGCCGUUCGGCUGUCGCGCCGCUUCGCCUGCUGGAGUCGCUGCCGUCGAUGUGUCGCAGCCCGGCCAUGGCGGCGGCGUGGCAAGGGGUGGAAACGUCGCUGGGGGCGAAACUCGGCGCUGACAAGUCGACCCUCUCGGAAACAGAGGACGCCUUAGCACUGUUGGUGGCACAAGCCCUGGCGGCCGAGGAGUUGUCGCUGGCGCGACAACUCUGCCUCCGCAUGGUGGCUUUGAAGGAGGCUUCAGAGUCAGGUAGCGCCGAGCUGUUGCCCCCCGCAGUGCUACAUGCUUUGGUUUGUGCGCAUGCAAGGGCAGGUGAUGCCGACGUUGCUUUCUCCUUGCUGGGGAUUCUGGAGAAAAGUGACAAGAACCAGGCCCUUCCCGUGGAGAUCUUCGAGGCCUUGGUCGAAGGUCUGGUCUCCAGCGGUCGCUGCCGCAGCGCCUUUGAAACCUUCGAACGGAUGAAGACCUGGGACAUGGUGCAGCCAUCUUCGGCAUUGUACGUGCAGAUGAUCAAAGCUUCAGGGAUGGUGAGAGAUCCUGAUCAAGCACAAAGUUUGUUUGAUGAGAUGCUGUCCAAACACGGUACAGAUCACAAUGACGAGGCCCAGCUGGAGCUGAUCAUCGCACAGACCUCGCAGCGCCGCAGCACGCGGACAGCCUUUCGCAUGGCCAACGAACUCCUGACGCGACGAGGGGCUGUGCUCAGCUGGCGCCUCUGCGUGGCCCUGGCGCGCGGCUGCGCGGAGCUGGGCGACGCGGAGGAAGCCAAGCGGCUGCGGCGCAGGAUGCUGGCGGCAGGCAUCUUCCCGGAUGACGGCACACGUUCUGACUUGGUGCGCGCCUUUGGGCGCGCGGCCGCGAUGGCGCCCGAAGGCGAGCGUGGGAAGUUGCUGUCGCACGCCUGGCGCGAAGUCCAGGAAGCACGUGGGGCGAGCGGCAGCGAUCGGGCUCUGUCGCCGGAGUUGCUCCACGCCAUCCUGGCGGCCUAUUGUUCCGCCGGCCUUCCUUGGCACGGCGACGAGAUCCUACGGAUGAGUCAAGAAGAGCUGGGCGUGGAGGCUGAUGCAACAGCCUACGACCUGGUGUUGACCGCCUACUUCAGCGCGGAUCCGCGCGAUCCGCGCUUCGUGCGUUUGUGGCGUCGCAUGCUGCGGGCUGAGACCGUGAAACCUACGGAGGGGGCCUUGCAGAUGGCGUUGAAGGUGGCGGUGACUUUGCAGGAUCGUGACUUUACCAAAUCCGUGUUGGAGCUGAUGUUCGAGUCCCGCUGUGCUCCCGACCCAUUGGUGCUGCAGCAGCUUCACCAGCUGUCCACGGAUGCACCCCUGCAGCGCUUGCUGGGAGCCUUCCGGGCCUUAAGAAAAAUGGUGUGCUGA